AUGACUAGUCUGAAGGGUGUCGGCAUCCCUGUCAAGCUGCUUCACGAGGCCGAGGGGCAUGUUGUGACAGUGGAGCUCAAGACGGGAGAGAUGUACCGGGGGCAGCUGCAUUUGGCAGAGGAUAACUGGAACGUCCAGAUCAAGGACGUGUCGGCCACAGGUCGAGACGGCCAUGUCACGCAGCUGGCGCACAUCUACAUCCGCGGCAGCCGGAUCCGCCUCAUAGUGGUGCCAGACAUGCUUAAGAACGCACCCAUGUUCAAGCGUAUCGACCCCAAAUUCAAGAACAAGGCGCACCCCAUGGGUGCAGGCGGGCGUGGGCGCGCCGCAGCGGCGGCGGCGCGAUCAAAGGCGCGGUAG